UGAGGAUGAUGCCCAUCGGGGCGCCGCGCUCGCUCAGCCCCGCCGCGCUGUCGCGCAGUCUCUCCCGCCUGCGCGAGUACCGCACCCGCUCGCGGAUCAUGCUGGCCCUCGGCGUCACCCAGAUGGUCCUCGGCUGCCUCAUCGUGGCCGUCAGCUUCGCCGCCCUGGCGCUCACCACCUCGGCCCGCGUCCGCCACUCGUGCCCCUUCUGGGCCGGCUUCUCGGUGCUGCUCUCUGGACUGAUCGGAGUUGUCUCAUGGAAAAGGCCUCUCUCUCUUGUGAUCACCUUUUUCAUGCUCUUGUCGGCCGUCUGUGUGAUGCUCAACUUGGCAGGUUCCAUCCUCUCCUGCCAGAAUGCUCAGCUGGUCAAUUCCUUGGAAGGAUGCCAACUGAUUAAAUUUGACAGUGACAGCGUCUGCGUUUGCUGUGAGCUACAACACCAGCCUUCAGGCUGCAGCCUGGGUGAGAUGCUGAAAUUGAACCCUUUGCAGGAAUGCAACACUGUCAGACUGACCCUAAAGGACCUGUUGUUUAGCGUCUGUGCUCUCAAUAUCAUCUCCACUAUUGUCUGUGCUCUGGCCACCGCAAUGUGCUGCAUGCAGAUGGUCUCCUCUGACAUUCUGCAAAUGUUCCUCCCGCAGAGGUCUCAUUCUGCCAACCCUGACUGUAUGACACCCCAUGGGACUAUCUUGGGGCACCAGACCUUGGAUUUUGAUGAGUUCAUCCCUCCAGUUCCACCCCCACCCUACUACCCACCCGAGUACACAUGCACUCCUGUGAUAGAAGCACAAAGAGGGCUCCACCUGGACUUUCCUCACUCACCCUUUGGCGCUUUGUAUGAGGUUGCCAUCAACAGCCCUGGAAUGCUCUAUCCAUCUGAGCUGCCCCCUCCCUAUGAAGCAGUUAUUGGACAAAGCCCAGCCAAUCAGGUCACCACGGUGGGCCAGCAAGUGACAGAGCCCAGUCUGGCUGAGAGAAACACCACAGCAGGCUUCAGCAGCCAAGCCUCGGCAGACAGCACUUCCCACGUGGCCUCUGAAGCAGCUGACACCCCUGAGCACCCCAACUACUCCUCAGAGGACCUCUGUUCUCUGGAAGUCCCGGAGUCCCUCUACAGCAUCCGUUGUGGGUUGCAUAGGACUCGCUCCCAGGGUUCCCCAGGCGAUGAGGCCAGCCAGACCUCUGUGAAUGGGUCUCGUGGCCAGGAGCCCGAGACCUGCACCCGGAGUCGCUCCUCAGACUGUUCCUCAGAGAACUUCACUGCCUCCAAGAGAGAUUCACGCAGCUCAGUCAGAGAAUGCAAAACCACACCCCCUCAGAAGCCACGAAAGAUGUGUUGCGGGGUCUUCAUCCCACCCACUGGGCCACAGACUCACCAUGCCCACUGCUCAGUGCCUGCAAGCAGUUUGCCCCACAGCUGCCCAGAGAGGAUGGCCCAACAGCGCACAAGGAAAAGCAGGAUUUCCAGCAUAGUCCGAUCCACUAGUGACCCUCUGUCAUGUUCGUCUGCCACUGAAGUUCCUGCCUCUGGUCCUCAUGUGGCUGCCUCUACUUAUCAGGACUCCAGAAACCAGCUCCAUCCAGUGGGAAAGCUGAGGGACCCCAAAAAGGCCGAACGUUCCCGGAAGCCAAAGGCCUUCCAGACCAUCUGCAAGGAGCGUCCCCACUCUCUGGUGGACCUGCAAGCCUACAAGGACACAAAGAUCCUGGUGGCCAAGUUUUUGGAGCACUCGAACUGCAACCUCCCCCCGGAAGUGCGUCAUGUGGUAAACAGCAUCCGGUCGGUCAUCAAGUCUGACGAGCGGCACAUGGAAGAAGCCAUCUUCAGUGCAAACAUCAUUGACCAGGUGAUCAUGAGCUCCCGACAGAAUGUGGAUACCUCAAGAAAACGGCUUCAGGAAGACCUCCACCUACAGAGCUGUGGGGCACUGAGCUCUCCAGUGGCCUUCUUACACAGGGCCCACAUUGGCCCCAGCUUAGAGAGGCCACACAGUUUAAUUGGAGUCUGUCGAGAAACCAUCCUUUGACAAAGUACUGUGGCUGCUCCACGGAGGAAUAUUCUCCAGCUCCACUGCAGGCCUUUGAGAGAGCCAAGCAUCCGGGGGGGGGGGGGGCUUUAAAAGGCAAAGCAAACCCAACAGACACCCCUGAAGAGUCUUCCUUUCACGGUCCGGCUUUGGAUCUUAACUUUCAGUGGCACAGCGCCCCGGUCCUGUGGCUUCAUAUUGAAGGGGCUCCUUUUGCAAAAGACUAUUGGUUUAUUAUUUAACAAACAAACACAGACAGACACAUACUUUUUCUCAUUCAAAGAAGUUGCUUUUAAAAGUUUUGAAGGUUAUGCUUGGGGUUAGAGGGCACACACACCCCUCUGUUGCCAAGCUGCAAUGACCCUGCUUUACAGCUUAGAAGUUGUAUUUUAUUCACUGUACCUCAAAAGUGUUUUAACUAAUUCUGAACAGUGUUUUAAUAAAAAGGGGAAAAAACAUA